UUGUGCUACGCGGAAGUGCGGCGAGAUCCCGAGUGUGUCGGCAAAGGAUCACAUCUCGCGUCACUUCGUGAGACAGGGAGCGCAUGCGCGGUGAGCACGGAUAUUUAUUUUUACCAUGUCAUCGAUCAAGUGUGUAAUGCAGUCUGCGGGGACUUUAAGACACUGUGCCUACAGCUUUUGCACCAGAAGGACAAUCAGCCUGUUUUCUGGUUCACCUACUACUACUCAUUGGAGCAAAGUCGUUUCAGAUGCUGAGAAAAUUGUGGGUUAUCCAACUUCUUUUAUGAGUCUCCGGUGUCUUUUGAGUGAUGAAUUGAGCAAUAUAGCCAUGCAAGUCAGAAAGCUGGUUGGAACAAAACAUCCUUUACUGAAUACCGCCAGAGCCUUUGUGUACGAUAGUCGCAACAACCUUCAGAUGCGAGGCUUAGUGGUGUUGCUUAUAUCUAAAGCAGCUGGACCGAGUAAACUGGCAGAUGAGUCCCUACAACAUGACAUGGUUAGCGGCAUUUAUGCAAGCCAACGGAAUCUGGCUGAAAUUACAGAACUGAUAAACACAGCUUUCCUAGUCCACCGUGGGAUUGUUAAUAUUGAGGAGCUAAAGAGUUGUGACGGUCCCCUUAAGGACAUGCAGUUUGGGAAUAAAAUGGCUAUACUAAGUGGAGAUUUCCUACUAGCAAAUGCUUGCACUGGAUUAGCACAGCUACAGAACACAAAGGUUGUGGAGCUCGUUUCCAGUGCCAUAGGAGAUUUGGUGCAGGGAAUAUAUUAUGAAAACUCAUAUUUGCCAGAGAAAAGCAGUUUUACUGAUGACAGUGGAAUGGCUAAUUGGAUGGAGCACAUUUUUCUUUCCCAUGGUGCAUUGCUGGCUAAGAGCUGUCAAGCUGCAAUGGAGCUAGCCAGGCAUGAGCCGGAGAUCCAGUCUAUGGCUUUCCAGUAUGGAAAACACAUGUCCUUAAGUUAUAAGAUUAACUCAGACAUCCAGCCAUUCAUGAAUGGGAAGCAAUCAGGAGGCUCUAUCAGCCUGAAUUCUGCCCCUGUUGUUCUUCACCAAGAAUCUAUAGGUAGAGAAGUAUGGAUGGAACAGGUUAAAGAGGCUCAAAUGAAAAGCAAUUUGAUUGACCUGGCUAAGUUGCAGGAGGCAAUCAAGGCUGGCAAAGGUGUGACUUCAGCUAUUGACCUGUGCCGUUACCAUGGAAACAAGGCUCUGGAGACCCUGCACUGCUUCCCUCCCUCAAAGGCCAGAUCCGCCUUAGAGAACAUUGUAUAUGCUGUGACCAGAUUUUCAUGAUACUCUACGUAGCUGAAUGUUGCAGCUCAUUUUUAUUAUUAUUUUUAUUUUUUAUUUUAUUUUUUUUUAUUUUGCCUGAAUAUCGUGGACUGUGAAUUACGUUGCCAUCAGGAGGUCCUAACUGCAUUCUUCUUUUGGUUUGCCACAUUACGCAAUGAGUGUUGAAACUAUUUUUUUCUUGUUUGAAUAACUAAAGAUAAAAAUAGAAGAAGAGAGAAAAAAAAAGGUCAAAUCGUUUUCUCUUGUCAUGCCAGAAGCACACUUGAGGCUAAACAAGUAGAAAUAAUUAAUGAGGUUUGCUGCUGUGACCUCAGCAAAUGGCCAGGAAAUAAGUCCUUAUUGAUUGGACAUAGCCAGGGAUGGCGCCAGUGUGGUGGCCUGUGGUUUUCCUGCUCCUGGGAGGACAGAAGGGGUGGGAUUCUGCAGGUGUCAAUAGGAAAUCUCUUCUGUAAACUAAGUUCAGCAUAUCUAUGCAGUGUGAGCCCACAUCAAGGACACUCCUCAUUACCAUGAAAUGAGAGACUGCUUCAUUUAGGUGUGUGCUUAGACCUUGCUAGAAUACUCUUCAUUAAAGCACUGUUGUUUUAUUUGUAUUCUGUUGCAGAUAAGAGUCCCACAUUUGCAGUUUUCGACAAUUUACAUUUUAUAUCUGCAGGAAUAAUUAUUGUGUGUUUUUAUAAACAUUAGUAUUCUCUGACUGAAAGUUGCAUUGACCUAGCAAUGCAUGUAACAUGAAUUUGUAAUCUGUCUAAUGUCUAAAUCAAAAUACAAUCUGCCAAUGAUAAAACAUGAGUAAUUGUAUUUAGGAUCAUUAAAACCUUACCUAGAUAUAUUUUUAAAGAGAUAGUAAUCAUAAUUAUAAAAUUAUGAGUAGAUGUAUGUGUGAACAUAUUUUUAGCCAGUCUGAAGUGUGCUGAGAAAUGAUAUUAAUUUAAAUUAAAAAAAACUCCAGCAAAAAAAGAAAACCCAAGGAAUCAUUAGCAUGCAUUGCCAAAAUAAUCAUGUUUCCUUUGUAUUUUUGGUUUUUCAAAAUUUUUACAAUUGUUUGAAUUAUUUUCCUGGGUAAAUGAGCCUAGAAAUAUCUGUUUUUAUUUAAUUUUCUUAAAUACUAUUUAUUAUACAUUUAUCUACACCAAUCAUAUCAUAAUUGAUAGAUUGUAUACUGUUCUCAAAAUUAAUAUAUGACUGAUUAUUGUUCUGUUUCGUUAGUUUUUUUUAUAUAUAUUUUGGGUCUCUAAUUCUCCUGGGUGGUCUAAAGAAAAAUAAUAAAAUGUAAAUUGGAUAUGAUCCCAGACAGAAAAUGUAUUGCACAGUCAUUACAUUGGAGAAAACAGUAAUUUUUAUUUUCCAGAGUAAAAAUAUAUAUUUGGUAGUGUGUCAAGCUGGUCUUGGGUUCAUAUGUAUUGAAUGUAGAAGAACGAGUGGAUUUCCUCAGUAUGCAAAAUGUUUUCUUUUCUAACCUUAGUUUGUCAGAUUAAACACCUCUGAAAACGC